AUGGAUACUGGAUCAAAGAAGGAGAUUAAAGAAAUGAUUACCAAAGAUAUAUCGAAUAUACAUAAUUAUUCCUUGGAUGUUAAAAAAUAUAUUAACAACCAGCUUGAAGACACUCUGGAUUAUUUACAUGGUUUAAUUGCUGAAAUACCACAAUCAGUCCCUGGCCCUUCAACUACAAAGAGGCCGAAGGUUUUGAAGAAAAAAGGUUAUCGCCGUAAAGAGACUAUCCCAGAAAAUGAUAUUAUCAAUACUGAUAAUACAGUAACAGAUUCAGCAGUACAUGAUAAGACAGAAAAUAAAGAUGUAAAAACUGGGGAUGUGCUGGAAACAACAAUUGACCGAACAAAAAGAAAGGCUGCAAUAAAAGCUGCAAUUAAUAUUAAAAAGCAGCAGUCAAUGUCACUUGUUACAAAAUUACGAAGGCUAACUCUUGAUGAUGACAGUAAUGUAAAUGUUUGUGUCAUAUUAUGAUGAAAUUUAAUACUUUUAAUCUUACCCCAUAUCUUAUGUUACUAAUCAAUACUAACCCUUAUAUGUAGUACCCAAUAAUGUUUGAUAUCGGUUAAUUAAUGCGUCAAAAUCUAAUUGCUUAUACAAUUGUAUGUACAUUGUGUAUAUAAAUACUACUAUAACGUUGUUAAAUAUAUUCUAAAUUUUUAGAGGAAACGUGGAGGCCGACCUAAAAAAAAGGAAAGUGUUAGAAGUAGUUCAGAUGAAAAAAACACAAAAGGCCCUACAAAACAUAG